AUGAGGUAUGUUUGUGCAGCCGAUUCCUCUUGUCUCGUUGUGAAUUUUUGGCCUGCGUUUGGAAGUCUGAUCGCAUGAUGAACGGUUAUGAACAUUAUAGCGCUGGAACGCAAUUCUUACAUGAUGUUACGAUGGGAGGAGGUCCGGAGUCCAACACGAAUAUUCCGACGCAUUUGAGUGCACAGCAAACACAGAGUAGUCCGCAAGGUUUGCCCUGGACUUACCAACAAAAGAUUUUGGAGUACCCUGCACACCCUGUCCAAUUACCACGUCAUCAACCGUCGACCAGCAUAAAGCCUCAGCCACUUCUGCACCGACCACAUCUGCCAGCAUCUACUCCUUCGUCGGUGUCUUCAGUUUGGCGAUGGUCGGGCGAAACACUCUUUUCUAAAUGGGCAGAUAAAGGUUCGACUGCUCCUUCUGCCUCUACAUGGUCGAAUCAUCUAGAGUACCCCAGCGACCAUCAUAUUUUAGGGGCCGGAUAUCCUACAGACUUCGUCUCGUCACCACCUCCUUCGCACACAUCAGAUCCGGUCGAAGGGCUCAUGUCACCAUUAUCGCCAUCAAAGAAUCGGACAACUCACCGCCGGGCCACAAAAGAAAAAUCAAAAGAUCCAUACGCGACGUGUGUUUCGAAAAGCCAGCGAUCACGACGUUCCAGCAAACCGCCUAAAUACUUCUGUACUGCCUGUGCUGAACCUUUUGUGGAGAAAUUUGACUGGAAACGGCACGAGAAAACGUAUCAAGAGCGCACAGAAAUGUUCAAGUGUGACCUCUGCAACGCGAUAUAUUUUCUGGAGAAAGAUUUCGUUCACCAUCAUGUCAAAUGCCAUCGGUGUCAAAUGUGCUUUGAAAAAGGCCACGUCCAAUCGUCUAAGAAGCUGCGCCGGAAAAGAACGGCUUGGGGAUGCGGCUUCUGCGUUCAUCUCAGCACGAGCUGGAAGGACCGGUGUGAGCACGUUGCGCAGCAUUUCGAGACAAAAGGCGUGGACAUGUCCAAAUGGCUUCACAGCUAUGUUAUUUAUUCGCUUCUUCAACAGCCACCCAUCCUUCGCGAAUGGAACAAGAUCCUCGAGAAAAAACGACACUUUAAUCCAACUUUUGGGUGGAAUCAGCAUUCAACCGGGCGUGUCGAAGGGUAUCCUGAGAGUAAUCCAACCCCUCACCUUCAGGAUCUCCUCGAAUACUAUACCCCCAAUCAGGAUGCAGCGGCGCUGGCGUGUCUAGCAUACAAGAAAGCAGUGAAAAGGAAAGAGCUUCCCAAGUCGCCUGGUGCGCCGCCUGUUCCACCAAAGGACUAUGGCAGUAUUCGUGCACCGCCUCUUCAAGAUGCAAUGAAGGAUCGGUUUUCACGGAGUAACUGGAACUUGAUCGAGAGUACGAUCCAGGAAGAUCCUGAGUUACCAACGGACGUUUGCAUGCUCGAUUACGAUUUAAUGAAUGAAGCAUUCCAUCAUGAGUUUGAUACCUUCUACUCAUGAAGUGCGGAGUACCUAGAUAGUAAUUUCUAAUGAUAAUGUUUGUAACACCUCA